AUGGUCACAGCAGCUGCAGCCGCGUGUAUUGCAGCAUUGGGUUCUUGGCAGCUGCUCAACUUGGCUUCGAGAUUCCUGCGCAACUCCGCUACGCUGCACCGCAUCGCAGAGGCAAAAGUGUACGGGCCUUUCCAUUCCCUAGAUGCAACGAUGAAGCCACCAGUAGACGAAGGAAAGGACAGCGACAGGGAUACCCCCAGCCACAGCAAGAAAAAUAGGAACAAAAAGGGCAGCCUCAGCUCGCGUAGGAACAGUGGGUCUCUGAAUUCAACGGAAACAUCCACCGAUGGGCUGUCAAAUGGAAGGGGACAACAGAACAGAUCCGGGCCGCGUGUGCCAGAGAUUGAGCUGAAUGGCCCCAAGGAGUCUGGAAUAACUAGUGGCAAAUUCACCCCUGCUGAGAAGAGCAGAGGUGGAGGCCUCCGUGGCAGAAAUUCCAAUAAAGGAGUGAAUCGACAUCCAGGGGCCCCGAAUGACGGUGCACCUGGUGACUUUGAAGAACCACUCAUUGCAAGGGCUAAUAAGGGUCGCAAUGGCAGCAGACCUUGCAGUUCCUUCAAGCUGUCUCAUGGCCGUAGCUUUGUGCUAAUAUUCGUGGAGCAACGCCGCAAUGACUAG